UUCCCAGGCUCUGGUGACUGGACUGACACUGGAUGGCCCUGGAAUGAAAGAGAAAAAGUGGCAAAAUGUCCAAGGGCCCAUCUGGAACCAAGGGUACCACCAUGAUGCUACUGAAUGCAGAAUUUCGAGAUGUGCGUGGUCUGCUCUGGAGCAGGUCUAACAAGCCACUGUGCCCUGCUGUGCUUUAGGGGAGAUGGGGAAGCCUAUGGGCCCCAUAAAAGCGACUGUCACUGGGUCCUAGACACCAGAGCAAGCUCAAGGCCCAGCAGGGAGACAGCCGGACAGACAGCACGAUGGCACUGAGCUCCCAGAUCUGGGCCAUCUGGCUCUUCCUCCUCCUCCUCCUUGCCAGCCUGACCAGUGGCUUCGUUUUCCCACAACAGACAGGACAACUCACUGAGUUUCAACCCCAGGACAGAGUUGGAGCCAGGGCCGGCUGGAUGCCCAUGAUCCAGAGGCGAAGGAGGCGAGACACCCACUUCCCCAUCUGCAUUUUCUGCUGUGGCUGCUGUCGUCAAUCAAAAUGUGGGAUAUGCUGCAAGACGUAGAACCUGCCUGCCCUGCCCCCGUCUCCUCCCUUCCUUAUUUAUUCCUGCUGCCCCAGAACACAGGUCUGGGAAUAAAAUGGCUGGUUCUUUUGUUUUCCAAA